AUGGAUGGAGACUUAGAAAUGAAGGACGCCGGGGAUCUCUCGGAUGUGGAUUCCCUGGCAUCGACAGCCCCAAGUGAAACCAAAUCAGAGUACGAGGUGGAAGAAGUUCUGGCAGAGCGCAUGGGUGUUGACGGCGAAAAAGAGUAUUUGCUGAAAUGGGAAGGGUAUUCCAUUCAACGAGCCUCAUGGGAACCACCUGAGUGUUUUCUUUCCAUGCAAGAAGUGCUGAAAGCCUACCAGGCCAAGUGCCGGAGAAUCAAGGCUGGGGCCGAAUCUCCCUUCGAUAUCGCCGCCUGGGAGAAAGCAAUGGACGAUCAUGAGCGAGAGACUGAGCGACGCAAAGAGGCUCGCCGGCAGAAACGAGCAGCACGCGCGAAAGCGGCUCAAAAGAGCCGAAGCUCACAGUCCAAGUCACAAGCUCACGCUAGCGCCGAGUCGCGCGACUCCUCCCCCGAUGUACCUUUGCGCGAAGUAUCUCGUGAAUCUUCUCCGGAUGUGCCGUUGAUCAAACUACCCGCGUCCGUCCACAAAUCUCGUCCACGAGCAGGUUCAGACGCCUCGACCCUUUUUGUGCCUGCGGGCCCUGGUGGCGCAGUAAUUCAAUCCCAGAUUUCUGAGAGCCAACAGCCUUCCCAGUUGACUACAGCCCCUGCUCUGUCCAAGUCGGCGGACACCACCGCUUCGUCACCAGCAGUCCAUGUCACGUCAAAGUCUAGCAACCCUUCACUAGGAUCGCAAGGUGCCACCAAGCCUGACAAUACCCUCCUGUCUCGCCCAUCUUCGGGCACUGGAAAUCUUGUGCAAGAGACUACCGAUCAUCAUAAACGGCCUGACAGCCCAGAGUUCCGCACGAACACGGCAGUCACGACCGUGCAAGCGUCUUCCUCAAUUCGGAAAGCGACUUCAGUGUCCGCCAAAUCAACUCCCACGGAGCCCGCGUUAGGUCCCCUCUACGCAGCUUUUGCCUCGAAUAAGUCGGGCUCUCGUGGGCCGGAUAUCAGUCAAGUGAAUCUGAAGAAACCGUCUGAAUUUCCCGCUCGCACAGCUGCGGGGGUGCCCGUGCCUUUUGCUAAAAUGACUACUUCGAAUUUGUCUCGACGAGGUUCCCAAGGCGUCACGAAGGCUUCGCCUACCGUCCCACCACUGGCUCGCUCGUCCUCCUUGCAAACCCCUGAAACUUCCUCUAAUACUACCAAACAGCCUCCAGGGCCUUCCAACUCCGGGGCCAGGCCGUUCCGGGGGGAUACGUACAAGCCUAGCGAAUCCCGGCGAAGCCCAUCCCAACGGUCUACUUACCGCAGAAAGUCACCUGAGUCCCGUCCGAGGUCUUCCCCAUCAAGUCCUCGUUUGCGAUCUCGCUCCCCAGUCCCGCGUUCGCGAUCUCCCACGCGUCGUCAAAGAUCGCCAAUGACUCGUCGUCACUCUCCAGAAUCGAGGCGGGUCUAUGAUAGCUUCCGGCCAUCUACUAAUGGCUGUCCAUUCGUCACCGUGACCCGUCCCAAAGGUUCUUCCCCAGUCAGGUCUCUGUCAACACCCUCUUCACUAUCCGUCCUUCCUUCUUCGCAAAAUGAGUCGGGCCCUGAGCGGGAAAGCCCAACCUCGGAGAGCGCCGCGCAAACGCAUACAUCCGCGCCCGACUCUUCGAGGGAUCAGCAGCCUGACAUGUCAGUCAAAGCCCAGAUCGGCCGAAUGCCUGUAGGCAAGCCUGGCCUGGGUGCGCGGUUUUUCCAUUCAACGUAUUUCGCCAACCCGGGUGAGAUUCUGGCUCACAUUUACUUUGGUCCAGAGAGGCAUUUCAUAGGGCCUGUUCGGCUUUGCGGCCUCACGUCAGAAGAAAGGGCCGAGUUGCUAGUGGCAAAGGAUGCAAGGGGUCGAAGCAAGAAGCUUGAAAUGUGGUUUAGGGAUCUCUGCACACGCGAUCAAUAUGAGACUCUCUGUAAGGUGGAGAGCGAUGCUGGAGGUUCCAACAGAGUCAUACGUACCUGCUGGAUGGAAGGAUUUACCGAUAGUAAUCCUGAAAUUUUUCACAUGUCCGAACUUCUUCUUCACGAAAAAGUGGUGGGCAUAUAUUAUCCGCCAGGUCUGAAUGGGUAUGCAUGGAUUGCAUAUUCACCGAAGUUGCCAGAUUUUAAGCAACUUGACCGAGGAUAUCCUGAAAUCGAUCCUGGGGUCCCUAUUCAUCUGGCGGUGCGGACACCAUUGCCACCCAUUGAGGCCUUGAAAAGUGUUCCUCUGAGGGAGACGAAACAGCCAGCUCUACAACCGCCUCUGGAGAAGACUAUCGUCCCAUACAACAAAUCGAGUUCAGCAGUGGUCGGGCUGGGCCCCUCAUCUACUGCUAUUGCCCAGCGUACUGUGACAGAAAGCAAUAUCAGCAAAAAAAGGGAGCAUUCUCACAAUCAAACUUCGCUUCAUUCUCCUUUGCAGAGUCCCAUGGAAGCCUCUACUAUGAGUCGCCCACUCGACGGGCAGCUGGCGGCACAAUGUCAAAUUAUAGAGCCCAUUGCGCCUACGCGCUCUGUGAAUGUCUCUGCAGAUCCCCGUCUCAAACGAUUAUCAUCACUGUCCGUGCGGACACAGCACCUACCGGUGGAGGCACCAUCGGCGCAUUCUGCAGGCGCCGGGGCCACGAUAGGGCAAGGCGAGAACCAAAAUGCCGGAGACGUUCAGAUGGGAAUCACUACCCACUCCACGGUAAUGACCAAGCCUGGUAUUUCCCCCACGCUCCUGGCAAUGGUUCAUCCAGCGGCCUCUGCGCCACAGUCAUCAGAUUCGAAAGCCAUACUGAGCGCUUACUUUGAGCGGGAUCUUAAGAUAAGCUUCAAAGAGCUAUCUCGGGUCAACGAAAAACACGAUGGGUCACCGGCGGACAUAUUCUAUUUGCAUAUGCCGAAAAAUGAAGUGGAUAAAAAAGAUCAUCUGCUUCUCAAGGGAUUGCUCGAGAUGAACGGCUCUAUGGUAUGGGGUGAUUGGGCGAAAUUCGUCAAAAACACCAAAUGUGGCGUGGUUCUAUUUCAUGAAUCUUUUGGCAAAUUUCAUACGCUCAGGCCUCACAUCCGGAAUGUUCAGUCGAUCCCAUCCAUCGCUUUUUGGUCUUACCGCAUGUCGAGGCCGCUUGACCAUCCCGAUCAACGAUCUCGUCCGCCAGGCACCUUCUUCCAGCGUAUUUUCAUUCGAGGCGGUGUGUACCUGCUUACAGAAGAUAUCCUGGAUGACUUAAAGAGCGCGAUCGUGGUCUUCAAGGCGUUUCAACACUUCCAGAGAAAAGACCCUGGAUUAUGGAAGGUUGCGUGUUGGCCAAAUUUGAUGGAAAGCCUCGAGCAGAUGACCGACGACCCUCAUCGGUCGCCAGACGAAUUGAGACUUUUGGAGAUCCUCGAGUAUGUUAUCAAGACAUCCUGCACUGUCGACGAGCAAUUCUUCCGAGCCGACAGUCUCGAUCCCAAGAACCUCAACGGCGCCUCGAACAAUAUUCUUUCUCUACCGGUCGUCGGAUAUGGAGAUCCUUUGCGCCGAGCGUCAUCGGAUUCGCCCCGUGAUCUCUCUCCCGCCCAACGCAAAGCAGACCAUCUCGCUGAAUACUUUGCUGGCUGGGCCCUUGAAAAUGCCGCACGUUUCCGCAAGGCCUACGUGAUCACCAACUGUAAGAGCGAAGCUCUCAUCAAGCGGUGGGGCUGCUGGGGCCACAUCAACGUUUUUAGCGUCGAGUCCUUCCUGGAAAAAUACAAGGUGCCCAAUGUGGACGAUGAGGUGGAACGGCUCCGGAAUCAGAUGAUCAAGUCCAGCAAAUCCGGUAGGUCGUCGCACUUGACCAUGGCCACUGGUCGAUCCUCGGGGGACAUGUCUUCACCCAGUCACACGCCUCAGACACCGCACACAGCCGGUAUCCUGACCCCACGAGAGUCACGACCGGACGCUUCAACUAGCACACACACAAAUUCAGGCGUGUGGAGACCACCACCACCACAGAACGGUCAGGGCCACAGUACUCCAUACCGUUGA